GAGUAACGUAGGCUCGGCUGUUUUAGCAACCAACAAACAGCAGGAUCGCGUGGUCUAAUCUAUGGCUACGCUAGGCAGUGUAGGGACGAGUCUGUCAAAUCAACAAUCGGAAUGAAUUUUUGACUAUAUCCAGAUUUCAAGAAAGUGGGUCCCGUUGGUAUAACAACCCUCUAUUGAUAAGGUCAGACACCUUCCUGCCAUCAUGUCGUGUGACAUUAAUGACUACAAAUGCUCGGAUAAGGGGCUCAUUUUACCCCUUACGAACGAGUACACAUGGAGUAUUGGGUUCCGAGCUUUUAUAUACAUCGUUGGAUUACUCUACAGUUUCAUGGGUGUUUCCAUCAUAGCAGACAUCUUUAUGCAAGCUAUCGAGACCAUCACCAGUCGCACUACUAAAAUAAAGAUGCCGGAUCCAUCUAACGAAACUGGAUAUUCUGAGGUGGAGGUGAAAACAUGGAAUGGAACAGUGUCCAAUCUCACUCUCAUGGCGCUUGGCUCCAGUGCGCCAGAAAUCCUCUUGUCCAUCAUUGAAAUAGUUGGAAACGGGUUCAAGUCGGGUGCAUUGGGCCCAAGUACCAUCGUGGGUUCUGCUGCCUUCAACUUGAUGUGUAUCACAGGGGUCUGUGUUUUCAGCAUCCCUGAUGGAGUAGCCAAACGAAUUAAGCACGUCAAGGUGUUCGCUGUAACAUCUAUAUUUAGUGUUUUCGCCUAUGUUUGGCUUGCCAUCAUUUUGAUGGUUAUUACACCUGACUUCAUCGACUUGUGGGAAAGUAUCGUGACAUUGCUGCUCUUCCCCAUCAUGGUCAUCUUAGCAUAUAUCGCUGAUAAAGACUAUUGUGGAAAGAAACCAAUUGAUGACGAAAGCAAGCUGCUUGAAAUGGAUUUCAGUGAAGGACGAAUACGCCUGAAAAGUGAUGAGGAAAAUCUUCUUAACGGAGACCACGCUGAUAAACAUGUCAUCGUCGAAAUUCUGAGGAGAUUGAAGAGAGAGGAGGCCUCUCCUGAAGAAAUGGCUAGGCUUACGGCGCAUCUGAUGGAGCAAAACCAGUCCCAUGGCCGCGGCUGGUACAGGAUUAAUGCUAUCAGAAACCUAUCGGGUGGAACGAAACUAACCACUCCAAUGACCGACAGAACCAGCGAGCUUUUGGAAACCUUGUUGAUUGAAGAUCAGAUGGGCUCAUCAGCAUCAUUUACAUCCCUGAGUGACGGUGGUUCUAAGGCUAUAAUCGAGUUUGCAGCGCCAUCUACAGCCGUUUUUGAAAAAGAUGGUCAUGCACGAAUCACUGUGAUGCGCCAUGGCAAUCUUAAAAGACGUGUAUUGUUUAGGGUAGAGACGAUAGAUGGGACGGCAGUCGAGGGCGAGGAUUACAUCUCCUAUAAGGAGACUAUUGUAUUUGAACCGAACGAGACAGAGAAGCACAUCGAUAUUCAGAUUAUAGACGACAACAUCUGGGAACCAGAUGAGGUUUUCUUCGGCAGAAUUACCAUUGAAUCUGAACAACAGUCCAUCGCUGUGGUUGGCAGAAGGGCGAUAACUCAAAUUGUUAUACUCAAUGACGAUGAUCCUGGAGUAUUGGAGUUUGAACAUCCCAGCUUCUUGUUCAAGGAGAGUGUAGGUACAGCGCUCGUUCCGGUGACCCGGAUAGACGGAGCUGAUGGUAAGAUCACUGUUAACUGGAAAACCAAGGACAUGACGGCCAUCCACGGUAGAGACUACGACAACUCCGAAGGAACACUGACAUUUGAUCACGGCGAGAGGGCAAAAUUCAUCGAAAUUAAGAUCAAUGAUGAUAAGGAAUUCGAGAAAGAUGAAAACUUCGAAAUAAAUCUAAUAGAAGCAACAGGUGGAGCGAAACUUGGGAAACUGAAGAGGACUGUGGUUACGAUCGUCAAUGAUGACGAAUUUAGUGGUCUAGUAAGUCGGAUCACCAGUCUGACCAAUGCCAACUUGGAUUCGCUCCGUCUGCAGAAACAAACCUGGGGACAACAGUUUGUAGAGGCCAUGAACGUUAAUGGCGGCGAUUUGGAAACGGCAACAACGUUUGAUUAUGUCAUGCACUUUUUAACCUUUGGCUGGAAGCUCAUUUUUGCCUGUGUCCCACCGGCGACAAUAUGGGGAGGAUGGUUUUGUUUCUGUGUGGCAUUGAUAAUGAUCGGGAUACUCACAGCCUUCAUUGGAGAUCUUGCCGCCAUAUUCGGUUGUCUCAUUGGUUUGGACGACAGCGUCGUCGCUAUUACCUUCGUUGCCCUCGGAACUAGCCUGCCAGACCUGUUUGCCAGUCGAACUGCAGCACUUAAUGAAAAAUAUGCUGACACAGCGAUUGGAAACGUCACAGGAAGUAAUGGUGUAAACGUUUUCCUAGGUCUCGGUUUGCCAUGGACAAUGGCUGCAAUCUACUGGUCAUCAAAGGGAACCACGUUUGAGGUACCUGCUGGAUCCCUGGGUUUCAGUGUAGUAGUCUUUACCAUUUGCUCCUUGCUGACGAUCAUGUUCAUAAUACUCAGACGCAACUUGUCCGUGUUUGGAAGUGCGGAGCUCGGAGGUCCAAAAGUUCCUAAAAUAAUAUCGGGGACAUAUUUCAUUGUGGUGUGGAUAUUAUACGUACUGCUUGUAUCAUUAAAUGUGUACGAAUAUAUCCCUGGCUUUUAAGCCAAAAUAAUAAGAGAGACAUAAUCUAGAUUGUACUUGCUUCGUAAAGGUGAAGGACUGAUGGCCUUGUAUAACAGAAUGAAGACAUGUAGAAUAUUAGACAGCUCGUUAGAAUUUUUUUUCAUACAUCGAGGGGCUUCGGUGUUUUUCCAUAGAUUACCAGACUCAUGUCAAAGUAAAGGAGGCUAUUAGAAAAACACAAAUAACGUAUACUCAUACAAUUCUUGAAGUAAAAUCCGUUUAGACCACAGAAUAGUAUUUAGAAUUAAUGCUUAGUCAAACACGGUUUGACUUUAAAAAGUGACAGCUUCGAAUAUGAUAUUGUAUGACUAUUGUAGGAGUUUGAUUCAUAUAGGGCAAAUGAGGACAGUGAUGUUGGAUCGGUGUGGCCAGUUAUGCCAAACUGACGUGAGAGGAAAAUGGAUUGUUGUGGCUGAUGGUACUCAUGGUAAACUCAUAUUUAUCGAGUCACCGCUACACUGUGAUAUUGUAAAAUGGUUGCUUCCUAGAAUUCCGUCCAUCGUUUGCAACUUGUUUAAGUAAGCACUAUAUUAGAUGAAAACAUACCAAAGAACUAACAUUAUAUAUAGUAACACUUGUAUUGGAUCAUGGAAGGAAUAAACACUAAUUUAUAACAGCAAAGCUUUUGAUGAAAGGCGAGUAUCAUUAUAUGCGGAUAGAUAUGUAUCUACAACAUUUUCUAUACUAUUAACAUCAAAAAGCGAAUGAUUCGGAGAAAAAUAUAAAGAGCAAAUUAUGCUUGUUUAAAUAACAAAAACCACCAUUAUUAUUUCCAUGACAUGGUUCGAUACGACUCUAACUGGCCAGGAAAGAUUAGUGUAUUUGUAGAAUAUAUAACUUUUUCUUCGUUUUCUUUGUUUAUGUUUUUAAUAUGUGAUUCUUUGUGAGUGCUAAUUGUUUUAUCUCAAAAGGAUAAUGUUUUUGCUAUGAUUCAAAUAUUAUGACAAUACCAAUUAACGUUAUAUUGUUAUAUUAUUUAAACGUCUUGAUUAUAACAACGAUAUUUUUGGUUUAUAUUGACAAAAAGAAUUGUAAUAUAUCAUGUAGAUGUUACAAUAUAGUGAGAAGCUUGCCUAUUUCAUAUACCUUAAUUUUUGUUCUUACAUCAAAUCAAAAUAAAUUGAAACACUCAUAUUCGUACAUAGCAUUUUAUCCUUUUGGGUCUCGUAACAGAAAGCCUUUUGUUACGCUUUCUUUUAUCGUAUAUUUUUAAGCAUGCUGGAUAGAAUGGGAGGAUGUAAUUGUAGUGUAGGUGAUUGAUCGAAUAAUUGAUAUAGAACAGUUAUUUAUACAAUAUUUUUAUAUAAGCUACAUUGCAGUAUGAAAUGUGUUUUUUUUCUACUAUAUAUAAAAUUCUACAAACGACAAGAUUAUUAUUAUUGAUUAUAACUGCGUUUUGUGAAAAGGGCUGGGAUCAAUUCAAACAUCAAUUUGUGUUUGAAAUAUUAGUCAACUUAUUUUAAGAAGUAAACAAAUUAAUAUUCCAUCACACGAAUGAUUGCUCAUUUAUAUUCCCGUCACAUCGUAUCAUGAGUUUGAAAAUGGGUAUCAUUAUAAAACUGUGAACAAAAAGCGAUAAUACAAAAUUAAUUCCGUCCAACAUGUUCAUUAUCGAUUGGCUUAAUAUUUUGGAAAUUGUGAACAAAACUAAAAAAAAAAUGAUCAGAUAUAUUUCAUUUAAUAGUUUUGCAUUUAAAAAAGCGAAAAAAAAUGGAAGCUGAAAAACUUCAUUUUCUGAAAAGAUAUUGGGUCAGUUCAAGCAUCAAUUUGUAUUUCAAAUAUUAGUCAAUGCAUUCAAAAAUAAAUUAAUAUUCCAUCACAUCAAUAAUUGCUCAUUGAUAUUCUCUUCACGUCAUAUAUAGUGCAUUUGAUCAUAGUGCUUCAUGUUAAUGUUAAAGCGUCUGUGAUAUACAAUACAUGUAACAGUAUUUUAACAAUUUAUUCAUAUUAAAUGAAUGUUUGUACGAUUUUGAUAUCUGACAUUGUAGAGAAAUAUUAAAAUUCAUGGCCAGGUUA